AUGGGGACAACUAGAGACCACAUCACUGGAUUUGCAUGGUUCCUGAGGAUUAAAACUCAGGUCGUUACAUGUGUGGAGAGCACUUUCUCCAGCACCAUCUCAAGUCCACAUUUUGAUCUCUUGAAGCGACAUACUUCUGUCAUGUGUUGCACAUUUCACUGCCCCUUUACAAAUUCUCUCUAUCAGCUGUUUGCAGAAAAGUGGAAAAAAAAAAAAACAAGCAGACUUCAUGUUUUGAAAUGGACACUUUCCUCCUCCCCUCACACAGUUUUUUAUGGAUCAUGGUUUGAGCACAUCCGUGGCUGGCUGUCCAUUAGAGAACUGGACAAUGUCCUGUUACUGAGCUAUGAAGACCUGAAAAGGGACCCAAGGGGAACUAUAGAGAAGAUCUGUGACUUCCUAGGAAAGAAAUUAGAGCCAGAUGAGCUGGAUCUAGUUCUCAAGCACAGCUCCUUCCAAGCCAUGAAGGAAAACAACAUGUCCAAUUUUAGUCUCAUUUCAGAAGACCUGAUUACUAAUGGUUUGAAGCUCAUGAGAAAAGGCACAACUGGGGACUGGAAGAAUCACUUCACAGUAGCCCAAGCUGAAGCCUUCGAGAAAGUGUACCAGGAGAAAAUGGCCGGUUUCCCUCCUGGACUCUUCCCCUGGGAAUAAGUUCUCACAACUUUUAAAUCUUGUGUGGAUCCCAGUGUUCACUUUUCUGUUGGUAAUGUGGAUGGCUGAGUAGAGUCAUGAAAUAAAUCCUCUUCAAGGAC